GACAGCGGCCGCCUCGUCUUCGUCCACGACAAGCAGCACCACUGGAUCCACGCGAACUGCGCCAUGUGGUCGUCCGAGGUCUACGAGCUGGACCGGCGCCUCGUCCACGUCCGCGCGGCCAUCUCGCGCGCGAAGACGCUGAAGUGCACCUACUGCGGCACGAACGGCGCGACCAUGGGCUGCUGCGGCGACACGUGCAAGCGCAACUUCCACUUCCGCUGCGGGGCCUACGCGGGCGCGGUCUGCGUCGGCGGCGCGCGCGUCUUCUGCCACCAG